UUUUUUUUUUUUUUUUUUUUUUUUUUCGAUUUUUUUUUUCCGUUUUUCUUUCCGUAUUUCUCGCUAUUUUCUCGGCACACCGCGAGACCCGCGCGCAACGACAAACACAAAAUAACGCCCGUAACAGCAUUAGCACACGGACGACAACAUAAUAACAUCAUCAUCAUUGUUAUUUUCGUUAACGAUAUGUUCGUCCCGCCGGAACAAUAUUGACUCGCGCCGCGUAUUUAUUAUUACCGCGUCCCGGACCUACCGCCGUCGUCGUCGUCUCCACCGCCGCUGUUAGGCGUAACAAUAAUAUAUCCAAUAUUAUCGUACACAUUAUUUUGUAAAAUACUUACCGCGGGACGAUCGUCGUGUCCGCCUCAAAAGACGCAAUAAUCGGGGGCACGUUCUUGUACCCGUUGUUAUUAUUACUGUUGUUGUUACACAUAUUCGCAGCGUGACGACGACACGACGACGACGUGAAGAAUCGUCAUCAUCAUGUUCAUGUGCACUCUGAUUCUGACGUGCGUAGCGGUCACGCUCAUAGCCGUGGUCGUCAGCAAGCGGCUCAAGUUCAUCCGCGCGUUCCGCACGCUGCCCGGGCCACCGGCCUUGCCGCUUUUCGGCAACGCACUUCAGCUCAACGGUUCCCCGUCAGGUAAGAGGCUGGCCUAAUCACCAGACUUAGCCUAGCCUAUGGGGGGGUGGGGGGGGGGUGUGGGAAACCCGGAGGAACGAUUUCGGUCGAACUAUAGAAAAGAAAAAAAACUCAUAUGCUCGCGGUCGACGCUCGUUUCGUCGGUUAUUAUCCGAUUCGUGAUUCGAAUGAACGUAAACCGCGAACAAAUUGGCCAAUUUUCUAAAAUUCGUUACGUAAACUGCGACAAAACAGAAAAUAAAUACGUCAUAUACGAACUGCGACAAAACCAAAAUGUAUUAUGUUUUUCCUAUCGCAGUUUGCCGUCGCGCCCUCUUGUUUUACCGCACGGGCACAUAACGACGGAAUACUAAAACGGGACCGCCAAAAACUUCCCGUUCGCGGUUUGUCCGAUGGACCGAGAAAACGAGAAAUCUGUGCUCGAAAAACAAGAGCAAUCCGGAUUUUAAACCGACCCGUUCCACUCGAAUCCCUAAAUCAGGCCGUAAUAUUGCGCCCGUGCCGAAAUCUAAUGUCACGAUGAGUCACAACGAUAUUCUAACAAUACCUUUGGUCCCUAUGUUUUUUAUAUAUAUAUAUAUAUAUAUACAAUUUUGUACGAUUUCUAUACCGUAUACAGAUAACUUGUUCUCUUUUUUUUUGGUCUAUACUUCGUAUACAAUUAAAAUCCAUGUCAUUGUACGUACAACAAUUAGUGUGUGUUUUCAACAUUUAAGUUGUAGUACAUUGAAAACCAUACGAAAUUGACUGUAGACCUUCUGCCCCGGACCAAAAAUGGGGUAUGAACUAAUACAAUAUACUUAACAAUCAUUAUUUAAUAUAAUAAUAGGUGAUAACUAUACGUAUGGAACAUCGCUGACCAUACUGUUAUAUCGGCUGACAUUUUGUUUUUACCAACAUCAGUUUCGUAUAAACAAUAAUAUUGUAUUAUGAUGUUGUAUAAUUUUAUGCAAAAUUUAACAAUUUAUUUCACUUUAACACUUCGUCGCGUUGUUAAUCAACAAUACGCUAAUAUACGAACUGUUCGCCGACGUUCAGCCGAUACGUAUUCGAGCACGGCGUAUUUAUAUCGCGAAUCGAUUGAAAAUAGAUUUCGACUGAUAAAAUACAGAUUAUUCGACAGAUAAAAUGUGUACGUGCGUACGUAUACUGCAAUAAUACGAGUGUAACGUAGGUGCAUAAAAAAAUUACGAUUCGGCAAUCGUAUAAAAUGAACGUAUUUUACAACGAUAAAUGGAUAGAAAAAAAAAAAAAACAUUCAGUGUGGUGCGUAUACCUAUUUACGAUUUGAUUUUUUUUUUUUCACGGAGGAAAGUAGAUGGAUUAACAUAAUUUAGAUGGCCACUCAAAUCGAACCGAGCCGACCAAUAUUUAAGUAAAAGUACGUGAAGUAGUGUAAACACCCUAUUCGCUCCCCCACCCCGUAAAUACGAGACAUUGUGCGCGAUAUUAAUUAUUUUAGCAUAGGUAUACUGUAGGGGGUUGUUAUAAAAUGGAAAGUAAUGUCAAUUUACCCGCGGGUAACAAAAUAUCGCGGAAUAAAAUAUUUAAAUAUUUAAAUACGGCUAUUUAUUUCGUAUUAUAAACGUAUUACCUUAAUACGGUCUUCUGCAGGUAAUAAUAAUUUUAUAGUAUUAUUACCUACGUACAAAAGUCUAUUUUUAUUAUCACGAUAAUUCCCGCGUGAUAAAAACGAAAAAAAUGUAUACACGCGGCUACUUAUUUUAUCUUAAAAAAUAAUAUUACAUUAAAACACUCGUCUCGAAUCUUGAUACAAUAAUAAUAACGUUGUAAUAAAUUGAACGGGCCGCGCUUCGAUAUAAUAACAUUUUUAUUAUACGAUUUUACCGAGGGAAUUUCUAAAGCACAGAUAUGUAUUUAUUUCAUUCGAUUGCUAAUUUAUCUGCGUGUACAGGUUGUAAAAUUCGGGUACUCGAGACGUGCGCAAACAGUAUUGCUGCGUGCAAUAUCCGAAGAGAUAAGUGUAGUUAUAGGUAUAACGUGUAGGUACGAGACAAUCGAUUAGAUGAAAAACGCUGCGAAACAAUAUUGUAAAUGUUCAACCGACGAAAAUCGGGUUAUAAAAUAGAUAAUAUUUCAUACAAAACUGACAUAACAACACGGUGCGUGCCUAAUAUAAAUCCAAUUGAAAUGUCUCCAAUAUUCUUUGGCUGGGAAAAUAGAAAAAAAAAAAAAAAAAAGACGGACGUCAUAUUUCGGAGAAGUUGGGAAGGUAGUGGGGAAAUCGAAUGUUAUGUAACCGUUGCUAACGAAAAACGAUUCUAAACGGAUUUCGGUCAAUAGUGUUGCUUUUUGAACAAUAUAUAUAUAUAUAUGUAUAUGUCAUAUUAUGGUAAAACAUAGGUAAUUAGGUAAUAUGUAAUUCUUUAAUAAUAUUUGUUUAAUAUUGUAUAUGUUUUCCCGUUUUUUCCCAGUUUUUCACAUUUUUUGGAAAAACUGCUCAGGGAAUCAAACCUUCCUGAAGUACCGCCCCAGUCAGAAAAACUGUUAUCAUUGUAAAUCGGGGCAAAAUCGCUGGUGGAAAAGUUGUUCACAGGAAAAAAAAAACAUCAUUUUAAAACCACCAAAUUUCUCCAAUGGCGUCUGGACGCCCCUUCCCCUUCCCCUAGACACCAAUAUAAUUUCAAUAAACUAUCGUCUAAAAAAAAGGCAACUAUUGAUAGAGAUACCCUUUAAAUACAUAUGAUUUUUCUCGCUCUACUCAGAAUUUAAAAUGUACAUUAUAUAAUAUUAUAAUAUACAUGUGGCAGUUCCCUAACGUACUUUCGAAAUGUUAAAUUGUUUAAAGUUUUUGUAUUAUACCUAUAUGGUAAGCAAUAUUGAAGGUCACUGGUGUUUCGCAAGAGCUACGAUAUAAAUAAAACUAAUGUCAGAUGCUCGAGUUAAUAAUAUCAUAUGAAUACAAUGCGUCUGGACGUCGGUAUAUUAUAAUACGAUAGGUGUUUGCGAAAAAGGUGUCAAAAUAGUCACUGAAAGUGGUGUAUUUUUGGAGGGAAAGGAGCGUUUCCAGGAUCUCGACCCCCACCAGAAGAAAAAAUAUGGUUUAAAAGUUAUAAACUUAAGUUUAACUACUAAGACUAAAGUCAUUACUUGCUACGAAGGUGUAGAGAAAGAGAACAUUGAUUUAUAUAGGGUGAUCUUUUUAUCAUAAACCAGUAAUUAACUCGGAAUUUAUAUAAUAUUAAAAAAAUCACCUAUUUUUUAGACAAAUAUUCAACCCCCCCCCCCCCCCAAAAAAAAAAAAAAAAAUUGGAAAUACACCACUGGUCACUGGGUUGUGAAAAACGAGUUAUUUACGCCGGAAUAACAAAAAAAAUCACUAUUUUUUCGUAUAGAACGCGAGUUGGGUGUAUUUUUUUGGUCACUGGGUUGUGAAAAACGAGUUAUUUACGCCGGAAUAACAAAAAAAAUCACUAUUUUUUCGUAUAGAACGCGAGUUCAGUGGAUUUUUUUAAUACUGAACGUGUUAUUUCGUGAUUUUUUCGUUUUUCGUAUAUGUUUUAAGUUAUUUCGCACCUUUCGAAUGCGCCGCGUUAGAAAAGUUAAGUAAAUUUAACCCAUAUUUUAAUUUUUCUUAAUAUUUAAAUCAACGUGCAUAAUAAUAAGUCAAGGCUGUUUUUGUUUUAGUUUUUAAAUGUACAACAAAAAAGUCGUAUUUCGAUCAUUAAAAUACCAAAAUCACGUUAAACAAAAUAAAAUCUUACAAUUCUAAAACCGUGGAAAAAUGACUAUCUCGCGUUUUUAAUUGAAGUUUUUUAUUGUCCCGAUUCUCCAUUAUUCCGCGAUGUCGGGAAAUUCGAAAACGGACCCCUCAUUGAAUGCGUGUCAAAUACUAAACUCUAUUGUCAAACUCGUUUAACUCGAGCUUUAUAAACUCGCAAUCGUUGAUACUUCGAACUUUUUCUCCGGUCCCUAGAAUAUCCAGAGUAUCGUCCUAUUUACACAACGUAGAAAACAAAUCCCGUUCAACUGGAAUGUUUCGUGGAUAACUCGUAGUUCCAAUUAAUUUCAAACACGAUCAGCGAUACUUCCGUACGGAUCAUUUCCAUAUGUACAUUCACUAUCGAUGGUAUAGUUAUCAAUAUUACGGUUUCUGAUGCGUUUUAUGCAACUGCGGGUUUACCGUACUGGACAAUACGCGAUACCUUUUCCGCUCGCGUGCUUAUACACUUAUACAGUGCCCCGUUACGUUUCAACGGGACGCGUUAGCAAUUUUUAUAAAAUCAUGCCUUAUCAAAACGAAUAAAAUCGGCGACAAAACGAUUUUUUUUCCGUCAGACACCUCCGACUCCGGGUCGACCGACUGUAACGCGUAUUAAGGGCCGUUCUCAUCACACGCUACCUCCACACGCUUUCGUUAAUCCGAAAAAAAAAAAAAAUCAACGUUUAUGCCGGCCAACGAAUGGACCGGCAAAAGGCGCGUAACCGUAUAUUACCUUCUUCUCUUUGUACGCUCUCGUCAACCCUCUCGGACUCCCGAGGGUCCCGAGUGCGCCCCGGCGGCUCAUUUAUUAUACAAUAUGUACAAAUCGCAUCUAUUACGCGAUCGUUCAUUAUAUUGUUCGCUUUAUGGCGUGACUUUUUUUUUUUUUUUAAUCGCGAUCGUCCGCGCAAAAUAAAUAUCAAUAAUAUUUCCCGAUAAAAAAAAAAAAAUAACACGACUAAUGCCUGCGCAUAAAACGAGACGUCGCGCGCCGUUGUCUUACGUUCAAUAAGACACACUCAGACACCGCAGUAUCUACGAUAAUGUUCUGAAAUUUACGAUAAAAAAAAAAAAAAAAAAAUCAACCGGGCGAUUAAAUCGCACGGCUACUCGCAGCCCAGGUUUAUUGUUAAACGUUAAUGUUUUAAUAUUUUAACAACGAUAACAACAAUAAUGUGUUAUAGUUGUUAAAUCAUACGCUAUUACGAUAUAAGUCACGAGGUUUUCGGAGUUGAACGCCGCAAUGAUGUUCUUGUAGUCCAGUGCGCGUGCACACUGCACGCGAAACCGACACUUUCCCCUAAUUAAAAUAUUUAUAGGAUGAUAUAAUGUUUUUGCAAUACGGCACAGGCUGCACGCGUGCAUGCUGUAUACAGGUAUGGGUUAUUGAGAGUCAAUUUUUUUGUUUUCGGUACAAACGAUAACCAUCGGAAUGAUACUAACGCGUGUGUUUACCUAUAUAGGCACCGUUCGAUACCUUAUUAAUGUUUAUACCCACUGCCGUUAUCGUCGUUAAUACACCUAAUACGUAUAUAAUAAUAUAUUAAUUAUAUUAAUUCAACGGAGCUAAAUAUUUAAUCGCCGUAUCGAACUGUUAAGUUAAUAUAUUAUUCAUUAUUAUUAUGACGGUUUAUGUAUUGUGCAAAGUGCAUAGUAUUAUUGUGUAGCAUAUAUACAUAGGGUAUAUAUAGUGUAGUGUAUUUGUUUAUUUAAUUUUUUUUUUUUUUUUUUUUGUUACGGUUAUAAAAUAAAGUUACAGCAGAUGCAUGUUAUAUUAUUAUACACAGAUAAUGAUUAAGUAAAUCGUCGAAACCGCACGACGGUAGUACAUAAUAUAACUGCAUACGCUACACGAGUAUGUAUAGAUUUAAUGUCAUUUUAGUCAACGCAACCUGAGGAUACGACAGUAUAAAUAAUGUAAUUAUUAUUUUAUCCGUACGUAAGAUAAAAAUUAAAAAAAGAACUGAAAGUGCCGAUAGAUUUUGUCCACUGUUGGAGGCGGAAAAUCGCGAAGCUAUAGGUAUAGGAUAGUAAUAUUACUAUAGGUUUUACAUAAUGUAUACUGUGCUCAAACAGUGACGUUAACAAUUGAAAUAGUCAUCAUUUUAAAAUCCCUUCUCCCACCAAAAAAAAAAAAAAUAUAAACAAAUAGCUAAAAAGUCGUAUUAUUAAUAUUCUGAACAAAACAAGAAACGUGUUGGUUUCACUCUGAUGUGCUUUUUUCUGCCUGUAAAUAAUUUUUCUAUCAGAGAUCUUGGUCCAAUUUUUGAGAGUACCAUCAUUUCCAAAAGAAAAUUGUAACUAUUUUGUAUGAUGUAAUAAUUGCUUGAUUUCCUUGCAGUUUUCCUAAUAGUGCAAAAACCGGACGAAAAUGUAGACAAAAGUUGGUUUUUGAAUAAAAGUUUGAAGUUAAAAAUUAGUUUGUUAAAAAAUGUAUAGUUUUUAAAAAUAUACAAAUUCUAUUAACAAAAAGUAAAUAAAUUAAAAAUACUUAGUGUCACUAAUGGAUGGCUUUUUUCCUAAAAAGUUUCACAAGUAACUCCUCUCUAGUACAUUUGCUUUUAUUCUAAAUAAGAAUAGAUUGUAAAUACUUGAUAAAAAUAUAAAUAAAAAAAAAGUUAAAAAACCAAUGAAAAUUUUAUAAAUCACGGUAUUUCAAAACAUGUUUAAUUGAACUUGGAUCAGAAUCGUUUUUCUUUUGCAAUGUUUUAUCGUUGCGUAUCAAUAUAAAUUAAAUAACUAUAUGUAUCCUAAUUUCCCAACUUUCCCAGUUGGUCAACAGUAUCAACUAUUAGCUCUAUUUUUUCGAGAAUCUAAAGAAAAACAAUUAACUAAUAUUAUAUUUAAUUCAUAUAGCGUGUUACUUAAUAAAUACCUAAUAUAAUAUUUGUAAUUAUUAAUAGUUGAAUUAUUGAAUAUUAAUUAAAUAUAAUGAUUUGCCAAUGUUCAUAGUAUAAUGUUCACGUUAUUUAUUUCUCCUUUUUUUACUAGGGUAAAAAAUAAAAUUUUAAAAAGCAAUAGUCCAAGGAAAGGGCGAUCCAUCUAUCACCUCCUCCUCCCAUAAAACCACUACUGUGUUCCACUGUAUAAAUCAUUGCAGACGAUACUCUGAUACCGGAGAUCGAUUAUGCGUGUAAUUGAUUAUUUUACCAAAAUUUUUUCAGUUUUCCUGGGUUUUAAUAUUAACAUUAAAUUUUUAAAAGGAAAAUCAACAAAUAAAUACCCUCGUCUCCCAAAGCACGGCGAGACGAAAUUAUCUACCAGUAAUCAUCUUUAAAAUUGACGAACAAGAUAACAUAUUAUAGUAAAACCUCGCUUCGCUCAAAACAUAAAAAUAAUGUUUUUUUUUCUAAAAUGUAUAAAUUAAUUCAUUUCACACGAGUCACAAAUGAAUGAAAAAUAAUAAUAAUAAAAAAACCACUUAUUCAAAAAAAAAUACACAACGUUUAUAAGAUCAAACGAAUUGACCAUUAUGUCAUUUAAAUGGGAACAUUUUGAAUAAGGGAUAUUUCCAACGGGGUUAUUUUGACGGUGAAAUAUUUCUGACCAAGAUAUUUAGACCGUGAGAUAUUCGAGUGGAAACCACUUUUCCAAUAUUGUAGGUAUAUUUUCAAUAUUUUGUUUGGAAUAAUUUGUCUUGUAUUUGUGUAGUACGCACGUAGAUAUCAAUAGGUACAAUAAUCAUAAACAAUUAUACAUUUAUAAUAGAUAUUCUGCCGUCCCAAGAAAAAACGGCAUAAAUCGACAAAAAAAACGAGAUUAUACUCUAUUACGUUUAAUAUAACAGUUUAACGCGUUUUUCUACUAUAAUAUCAUUUUAAAUUCUGAGCGUAGCAUUUGUUUUACUAAGAUGGUAAUUUUUUUUCUUUGUUCUAGUCUGUGGAUACGUUUUUUCUUAGUAAAAUUGCUAUGAAUUUUACGUGUACCAACUUUUCUGAAAGCUCAAGUUAUCUAGAUGGUACUUUAAAAAGGUCACUUUUGGAUUUUCGGUGCCAUUUUUUUAAAUAAAAGCAAUUAAGUGGGAAAAAACAUAGGAAAACGUACAAUUUCACGAUUUCAUUAUUUUAUAAAAACACGGAUGACGUUUUCUACCAGAGAAAAUGAUUCAAUCGAAAAAUCACAAAACACCUUUUUUUGUUGUCUUUUUGAUGUACUUUUUUACGGUAUUAUUGAUAAAACUUUUGAGCUUUUAAGGAAUUUUAAUUUUUGGAGGUUGUUUUGCUUUAAUUCGGUUAUGAAUACUCGCAGAGACUUGAAACUUGGUAAUAAUACUUAUAUUGGACUUACUUAGACGUGGUAAAAUUUCCAAUAUCAUUAGGUGACUUUUUUUUUUAAUAAUAAUAAUAAUUUUGAAAUGAAAUUUAAACGAAAAUCUCAAAAAAAAUGACGACAGUUCAAAUUAUGUAUUACGAACUGCACUCAGAAUCGUUUUUCGUCAAACAAUGAUUUAUCGUUGUAUACAAAUAUAAAUAAAAUAACCUUAUGUAUCCUACCUUCCUAACUUCUCACCUACAACAGUGACCGCCCCCAUUCCCAGUAUCAGCUUUUUUUUUUUUACGAUUUAUGGCGUUUUUUCUUAUGAUGGCAGUAUUAUACUCAAUACUUAAUAUAAUAAUUAAUAUUAAAUGUUACAAACUAAUUAAGAUAACAACAACAAUUAUAAUGAAUGAUAAAUUAUGAUUGUACUAAUAAUAUCAGUAAUACUAAUAUUGAUAAUAUUAUAAUCGUGUGGCUUUCUGUCUAUUUUGAAAAUAACAGAAAAUUAGUUUCCAUAAUACAUUAUAUCAUUUUAUUAUAAUAUUAUACAUGAUUUUCUUGCAUAAUAAUAUUCUAUAUAGGUACUUAACUAUAAUUAACAUUUGUUAUUUAAAUGUCAGUACGAUGGACUUUGUUAAUGUGCAAAAAAUACUAUACCUAUCUAUUGUUAUAAACAAUACAAUAUCAAUACUGUACAAUUAUAGGUAAUUUAAUUAUAUAAUUAAAAUAUCAUUAUUUUAUACAAAUCAGUAAAUUAGGUAAAUUAGAUUAAAAAUGCGUAUUACAUGAUGUAGGUCAUACUUAACUAAUACUAGGUACGGUUAAAGAUCAAUAAAUUUCUCGAAAUUAUUAUAGUCUGUCUUUUAUAAUAUUUUGUGCUAUUUCCGAGGAAUUUUAAGGGGUCGUAUAUAGGCAAUUUCGAUGAAACUUUUGGAAAAAUUAAUAUUUAUCAACUGAAAAAUAUCCGAAUUCAAUUUCAAAUCAAUUUACAUAUUACAGUCCCGUAUAGACAACACAAUUAUUCACUGUGUAAUAAUUGAACAAACAAUACAUUUUUUUGAAAAUCUGUUUUGCGCGGGACAACCGUUUCCGUCUUGUUUUAUUGCCCCUUAAAAAAACAAACCUAAACGUUUGCCAGCAAAUACCUUAAAUUGUAUUUAUCUGGAAAAGUAACAUGAUCUCACAAAUUGUAUCUUAUUCAUUUUAACAAAUUCAUCGAUAAAAAUUAUUAUUGGUUUCUUAAGUUUUAUCAUUCACAUAAAUCAACUAAUCCAUUCGUAAAAUCUAGUCCGUUUCAACAAUCUAAACUUGGAAGACGAUUAAAAAUAUCUUUCGAUGAUAAACUAUAGAGAGAGUAUAUACUAUUUCGUUGAUCUGGAUUAAACAAAUCUCAGAACCAUUAUUAAAUGUGAUAUUUUCAGAAACGUAUUUACAUAAUUUUAGUAAAAUAUCAAAUAGAUUUUAUUUGUUUGUCUUGAUCUCAUUAAUAUUUCAUUAAUUCAUCUCUUUUUAUCAAAACACCUAAAUUUCUUAUCAAAUGCACCUCACGCAUUUAAAAUUAUCAAAUCAAUAAAAAAAUGUUCAUAUCAUUUCAUCUCAUUCAGUUUUUCUCACUUUUCCAGAACACCAGCCCCGAUGUUUUUGACUAUACCGAUGCAUCAAACGAGCAAUAUAUUAUAGUAAAAAUAUAUAUCGAAAAAUCGGUUUUUAAAUACCUGGCUCAUGGCUGUAUAAUAUUUUAACAAUAUUUUAUAACAACGAGAUUAUAAUAUUUAAAAAAAAUUAUUGCCGUAGUCUUGAAAAUAUUCUACUCUUUAAAUUUGGCCUCGGGUGUUUAUAAUCCACUCUAAAUUUAACCUUAACACCGCAAUGUUUUUCACAUUGAGUUCUGCAGUCGUUUCGCUAAUAUUGCCUGUUAAAUAUAGACAGAGAGACAUGUGCAGAAUACGUAAACAUAUUAUAUUAUUAUAUUAAACAAAUAUCGACGAAAUACAAAUUAGUUUGAUAUUCGACUAACGAUUCAACACAACUAUCGAAUUAAUGUAUUUCGGAAAAACAGCGUUUUUGUUUUCUUGUUUUUUCGCUAAACAUAACAUGACCGUAUUUUGAAGUUAGUUUCUUCGAACUGUAUACGGUUUUAUUUAUGAAAUCUAAUAUUAAAUAAUUUGACAGUUUUUAAUAUAGGAUCCUUAACACAAAUUUCCAGAAAAAAAAUUUAACAUCUACGAAUAUAAACACCAACAGUGAUAAUAAUAUUCUGUUUAUGAAUACAAAUAUAAAUAAACCAUAUCAAAAAAUGUUAGUAGUAAAAAUAGUUAGUACCCAGAAACGUAUAAGAGGAGAAGGUGCAAUAGGAGCAAAAAUUGCACUCUUUCCGAAGUCCGAAUCAUAAUUUAUCUUCUAAUUUAUCGCUGUAAACGAAAACGAUUCUGAGCAGAAUUCGGUAAAAGUGUAUAGUAGUAAAGUGGUGGUGUAAAUCACGAUAUAAGGCUCAGUUUUUUUCGCCAUUGAAUACAUCUCAUAAAUGAACCUUGACAUUUUUUGUUUGCUAAAUUCAAAUUUUUUCUCAGCUAACUUGUUAAGACAUUUUAUUCGAGAAGAAGAUUAUUCCUCUUUUCUAGUGUUCAAUCUUAAGAGUUUUCGAUUGUUACCCUCCUCUUUCAAUUUUUCCUUCUGCCCUCUAUUAUGGUAACCUUAAUAAUCAACUUUAACAAACUAUAUCAAACUAUAUAUUUUUCCUCUGUGCAAACAACGUACACUUAUUAAAAGAAAAUAAUUUUAUAUUGUAUUAUAAUGUUGGGGAAAUACAAACACCGUAUUGACCCUUAAGCAAUUUUUCGUUAAUCCGACAUCAAUGGCGUAAUUUAAGGUUGUGGCAGCAUGAAGGCGAUGUUGCACCCGCAAGAAUUCUUCUAAUGGGGCAAACUUAUCGAUUUGCACCCACGGACAAUAAACAAUAAAAUGUAACAUUUUAACAAUCGAAAUAAGAACAUUUGUUGAAGAACAGUGUAAAACUAAUACGCGAUAAAAGUUAUAUUGAUAAUUUAACCUGCAGUAGGUGUAUUACUCACAAAAACAAUUAACAUACUGUUCAAAAUCACAAUCUAACAGUAUUAUUUUCAAUUAUUACAGGCAUUGUAAUAAUGCGCUUGAAUUCAUGAAAAUGUUUUACAUUUGUUAAAUUCUUGGUUCUGUGGAAUUUUAAUUUGGUGCCAACAUUGAUAGUAUCUAUUAAUUUUGUGGUAUUUAUAGUAGUCAAAUAUCAGUUAGAUAUUUUAAGGAGUAGGGCCCGAUUAAUGAAUUUGCUACCAGUAGACUGGGUUCUUUUUUUUUCUUUCAUCGCUGAUUAUCAUAAACCGGCCCCUUCACCAUGGUUCAAGAGAUCAACGGGACAUCAAAAUAUCCGAACCUAAUCUAACGUUCUUUUUCGUAAAGUAAUUAAUUAAAAUAAAAGAAAUAAAGUGUUUUGUUGCGCCCCCGAUUUAGCAUUGGGCGACAGGCGACCUAGGCUGCAGCGUUUUCAGCCUAUUGGUUAAUCAGGCCCCGAAGGGGUUUAAACAGGAUAAUCUUUGCACACUUACCCUGGUUCUGCCGCAUGUGCCACUCGUGUCCGACAGUUUUCAUAAGAGUUUUCAUCAAAGUCAUAAUUAAUAUAAUAACGCGUAAAAUAGAUUGUUAUUAGCGUUUUAACUUCAUUCGUUAUAUUUUAUAGGCGGCAGUUACUUGCAAUUAAAUAUAAUUGUAAUGCAGUAAAUUCUAUAGACUUUACGCGGGGCCAAUAAAUCAAUUAUUUACAUAUAUUACAUAUAUAAUGCAUAAUAUAUAUAUAAAAAAAAAAAUACUUUUUUCGUAAAAAUACAUCGCAUAAAUUAAACAUUAUGUAUUUCUUCUUUUGUGCGCGUGUGAAUGAAACUUUUUUUUGUUUUCAUUGUUAUUUUUAUAAAAACCGUGGACGAUGACUAUCCCGGAAAUACACGCUCGGUGAAAGUACUGGUUUUGUCGAACCGCGGUGCGUUAUUAUCAUUGAUUUUUUUUUUUUACUUCUUAAAAUACUGUAUUAUUUGCAUUAACUUAUUUCUGAACAAAAAAAAAAAAAAAAUACUAUAUAAUAUGAUAGAUAUAAUAAUGCAAUAACUGUGUCUAGACUGUCUAACAUAUUGACCUUAUAUUGUAAUAUUAUUUAAGUAUAUACGAGCGCGUAUUAUUAAAAGUAGGUAAUGAGAUAAUAUUAUGGCGUAGAUAUAUUUUCAUACACAAUAUAUCAUGUUAAUAUUCGUGCCUGAUUAUCGAGUUGUACUUAGAAAGUAGGAUGGAAGAAAAAAAACGCGAGUUACAUUAUUGCAUUUUUGCGUACAUGUAUAAUAAUAUUGUCAAUGUCACGGUUGUGAAAAAAAAAAUAUGCACACAAACAAAGAAAUGGUAUACGUCUAUAUCGGGAACGAAAAAUGCAUAAUAUGCGAGUUAAGUACUGAGAGAAAAAAAAUCCGUACAAUAUGUUAACUGUUAAUAAAUUAUACGAGAAAAUUCUUUACAUUUUUAUUGCUGCAGCGAUUUAACGACAGAAAAAAUAAUAGUGACGAAAAAUAAAUUUUUUUUCGCUAAACAGACCAACACGUGUGUUUUGUAAGCUCACCACGUGUAAUUCGGUUAACUCUAUGUUCGUACGUCCAAUGUUUUAUAGUAUAAUUAUUAAUUUAAGUACCUGCAGAUUUUAGUCUUUUUUUUUUUGUAUAUCUCUGCGAACUUCGUCAUUGGGUAUACACUAUGAUAACGUAUACACUUCACUCCGGUGGCUUAUUUCUGGGCGAAUGGAAAUUUGGCAGAUAAUAUAUCACCCCCCUCCUCCUUGAACUUUUUUUAAAAGCUACUUAUACGUUUUUAACUUCAAAUUUCUUUACUUUUAAUUGGAAAAACCAUACGAUCCAAUAAUAUGUUAGGAUCUAUACGUAUAUUUUAAUACAGUUAAUGCAUUUCAAAAAUAUAAUAAACAUUAUCUUGUUUAAAACAUAGUCUACUUACCACUGUAUUAUGAAAUGGUUCCAGGUCAAAAUAUCUCCGGCAACAUAUCCCCUGUUAAGAAUAUCUACAGUAAGAAAUAUCUCCAGUAAAAAUAUCUUUGGUAAAAAAUAUCUCUCAUAGAAAUAUCUCUUAUAUAUAAAAUGUCUCUCGUAAAAAUGUCUCGGAUUUAUAUAAAUAUUUUUUAUUACCUUUUAAUUUUAGAUUGUGAGCAAUCCUUCUUAUAAAAAAUUGAAUAAAAUUUCGAUUGAACAAAACUUAUAUAAAUAUUUUAAAAAAAUAAUUAAAUUUAACAAGCCAACUGGCUUGAGCAUCAUAAUUAACUCUCGCUGUAUUCGUAUCACUCGCCAUACCUAACCCUAGCGUAGGAACUCGUAAUCAUGAAAAAUAUUUCAGAUAAUACUACACAACACUAAUAUUGCCAUUAGUUGCUAUUUCCUGUAGGAUAUUUCCAUUAACGAUAUUUUUUACUGGAAAUAUUUUGACCGGAGAUAUGUUAACCGAUCACCUCGUGAAAUAGGUUAGAUCAGUACCCGAAUAUUAAAUAAACAAGAGGUAAUAAAUUCCAUAUCCAUUUUAUUAGAUGAUAAAUUCAUAACCAUUACCCGCUCUUCCGGUCUAAGCUUUAAACUGUAGUCAUAACUCAUAAACGGUAAAUCCGACAUUAGUAUUUGAAUCUAUAAUCAAAAAGGGGAAUUUGAAAAUCAAAAUUACAUAUUUAUUUAAGGUGUACAGAACAGGAGUAAGAAAUUGAAAAUAUUUUUAAAAUAAAGUUUAAUAGAUGUUUAAAAAAAAAAAAAAACAUCAAUCAAAUUCCUUUAAAACCCUCCGAGAAAAUUGCCGGUCCAUAAUAAAAUGAUCGGAGGGGUGUGUAAUUAUAUUACUUUGGACGUUUUAUUCGCUCUUGAAAACAGCAUAAUAUAUUAUUAUAAUAUUAUAGUGAUUUUAUUUUUAUCCCGUUAACGGCCACACGAAUACACGCAUUAAGUAUAAUAUAAAAUAUAAUGUACAUUAAUUGUAGGUACACAUUAUUUCUGCAGAUCCGAUUGAUUUAUACAUGCAUAUUGAGAAUGAUCGUUUUUUUUCUUUUCGUUCUUUAUUCGUAUGCCACGUUAUCCGUCGUUUUCCUCGAGCUGAAAAACAGUUUGUGUAAUGCAUUUGAGUGUACUGAAAUAACAAUACAUUUUAAAUAAAUACACGUGUUCUAUUCAAUUACAAUAUAGCGAUUUAAUCGUAUAAAUGUCGGUAAUAAUAUUAUAUUGUACAAUAAUGUACAACUACGCUUAAUCUGUACAGUCAUAUAACAUGUUUUGCAGACGAUACUGCUGUAAUUUGUAUUGCUGAUACACGGAUCGAAAUUUUUAAAAAUAUUGAGGCUGAUUGAAAAUCGAUUGAUAACGGUUCGAGUGACAAUAGCUUGUUUCUAAAUGUUGACAAAUCGCCCAUUUUAUUUCACUCUUUGACUAAGCAUACAACACGCCGGUUUUACAUAAUAUGAAAAUCCGCGAUAAUAAUUGUAACUAUAAAUUGGAUCCCGUUGUUAAGAACUGCAAAAAACCUUGGUAUCAUCGAAAUGUGUUCUACGAUAUGAAAUGGGAAAAACAGAUAACAUCGGUUAGGUUACAAGAAAGCUGAGAAAGAUGAUUGACAUAAUGAAACAUCGAAACAACUACGUGAGAUUUUACCACUAAAAGAUAUAAGAACAUUAUAUUUAACGCUCUUUCAAUCUUUAAUAACAUAUAGUAUGAUCGGGUGGGUUGGGGCUUAUGAUAAUGCUUUAUCGCAGCUUCAAAAGUAUCAAAAUACUAUUAUCAGAGCCGCUUGCAAAAAAUAUUGGUGAUAUCCCACAGAAAAAAAAAAAAAUUUAUUGUCCUAAACUAUAUAUUUCAAAACAAUUAUUAUUAUUUAUCUAAAAAAAGAUGAUCAAUUACAUCCCAUAACCCAUGACGUCAACACUGGGUACACACUCAAUAACUUUUCCAUAGACUAGCCAAAAAAAAAAAAAAAAAAACGGCCUCCGAAAGGUAUUCGGUUCCCUAGGGAAUCAGAUUUUCAAUAUUAUGCCAUAUGAUUUGAUCAACACGCCGUUAAUACCGUUAUUCAAAAAGAAAAUUUCUCAUUGGCGCAAAUAUGAACCUAAUGCACCUAAGACUUAAAAUACAUACUUUGUUUUAAAUAUCAGUAGUUAUAAUUAAUAUUGAGUUAAAAAAAAUGAAUUGAUAUUUUAAUCGUCAGUUUAUAUUUAUACGUCUCUUGUAGUAUUAUUUAUUUAUCUAUGUUAUGUUUAUUAUACGUUAUAAGAAUUUUUGUAACCAUUGAUAAUAGAUAACACUGGGCGUCCACACGAGUUCCUCGCAAUGAGGCCCAGUAACCGUUUGGUAUUGAAAAUAAAAAAUAUCAUGUUGUAUUGUUGUACCGUAUAACAAUACAGGCGGAUCCCGGAAGGAGGGGAGGGCGAUAGGGAUGAUCGCCUCUGACUCCCAAAUAAUAUACCUAUUCUAUUUGUCCGAAUAUAUUCCGAGUUUGGUUUUCACCGUGAACGUGUGCCUUCAUGCAUUUUCAUAAUCGCCCUUCCCCCGAUUUCUUGUCCUGGAUCCGCCCCUGUACCGUAAUCGCUAUAUAAUGACGUAUAUAUACGAGGUACACACACGAUUCCGAUUCUUUUCGGUUAAUCGUGUCUUUAAACUAUUUACACGGCGUAAGACACGCGCGUCUGUUUUCUUUUUGGUCAUUUCAAAUACGUAUUAUGAAAACUUCGAAAGUUCGAAUGCAUAUUAAUGCAUGAUGACCGUCGGUUUUGAAAUAACACGUGUUUUUCAUUAAUUUCAACGCAAAAAUAUAUAUUCAUGUCAGCAACAGAUUCGAAUUCCAACGGCGUGUGCGCGUGACGAACCUGUAUCAAAUGUGCGAUUAUAACUGGUAUAUAUAGAUGGCGCUCUUUCCCGUUUAAUGUGUACUUGUUUAUUUGUGUGGCACGCAGCCGUGCAACGUCUUGAUACCAUUGUUUAUUAUAAUUACAAUAUUAUUUACUCGUUUAUUGUAUGUUUCAUAAUCAAUGACAAUAUAUUGUUAUCAUAAUAAUUCUUGAUAAUUAAGAAUAAUCAGAGGUCGACCGAAUUGUAAAAUUUUGAGUAUUGCACGCGAGUACCUUUAAUAAUAAUAAUAAAUAUAUUCUUAAAGUUACGCUCGCACACCCACGAUGCCAUAUUAUGUAUUUAACGGGUGAAUGUUAUAAUAUCGACCCAGAUGCAUUAGGUGCACGGGCUUUAAGCAUUAGUUUAGAGUUUGAUAUUUCAAAGUGUCAUUCAAGUCCUUCCACGGGAUCAAAGUUCCUAUAGUUUUUAAAUAGUACGAUUGUACGAUUUCUUACUCACCGAUGCAGGUAGUACAACCGUACCACCUGGUUAAUGAUCUAGGUAUCGCAUUUGAUCGGGAACUAAACUUUCACGAUCGUAUCAAAAAAUCUUGCUAUCUGGCUCUGAAGACAAUUGGCUUUAUAAAAAAGGGUCUCUGUGGAAUUUAAUUUGAUAUCAUCACUUAAAGCUUUAUAACGUGCGCUUGUCAGUUCUAUCCUCGAGUUUUGCCAUUGUUAUUUGGGACCCUGCUAGUGCGAGUAGCAGGAGCCAGAUAGAAAGGGUACAAUGUCAAUUUCUAAGUUUUUCUGCUAGGAUACUGCACAUUGACCACUCACCCCAUGAACCCGAUCCGGUAUUUCAAAUGCUUGGGCCAACCGUCUUAGCUGAUAGACGUGUAUCUGCUAACCAAGUGUUUCUAAGUAAACUCGCCAAUGGCUCUAUAGACUGUCCUGUUUGGUUGAACCAACUUAAUUUUAAAAUCCCUAGAUUCCAGUCACAUGCGACUCAUCCCUUUUUCAUACCUCUGUGCACCACCAAUUAUUCUCGGAAUGAACCGAUGUUCAGAACGAUGCGUAUUGCUAACGAGGACUCGUCGAUUUCUUUCUGCUAAUAUUAUUUUUCUAGAGUUUAUAUUUUACAUUUUUUUUUUUUAUAUAUUUCUUGUACACAUAUGUGUAUGCACAUUGUAGCGUUUUGUACUCCGGGCCACGGCCCGUUUUGUUUUAUAAAACAAAAUAUUACCUUCGGUCGAAAAGCUGGAUUUUCGGGAAUUUAGAUUCGUCGUUCGUUACGGUUUCCGCGGCAAACACUCGUUGGAGCACCCGGCGGACUUGCUCCUGCAGCUGCGGGUCACCGUUUCGACGGCCGUUCUGUUCAGCGGAGACGCGUACUCCGUACGGUAAGCUGAUAAUCACCGGUAUGGCCAUCGCUUGCGCCGGUCCUCCGUAUUUAUUAUUAUUCUCGGCGGCGAUCGGCUUCUGUUGCGUCCCGUACACCGCCGUGUCGACGGCGACGGGCCUCCGCCGGCGUACGUACACCCGGACCGUAGGUCUUGCCCGGUACCGGCCAACGGUCCGGGUCGCCUCCAACACGGCAGUACCGUGGUCCAGGUCGCCCGGCUCACCGACACCGCCGUCGCCAGUCGUCGCGAGCUGCGCACACCGCCAAUCGCGUCGUCGUGGCCGUUCGGUUUGCCCGCUGCCGUUCGCGUCGUCGCGGUCUUCAGCACGGCGUAAGGCUUGCAGCAAAGCCGCUACGGGCCCGUCCGCCGUCUGGACGCCGUCCGCUGUUCGGGUGCCGUUGGCCGACGCCACCGCCGUGGCCAUCAACAACGCCGCCAGCACAAUCAUCUGGGCGUACUGAGCCCUGCAAACGAGAGUCGGACCGGUCCGCAUCGUGGUUACUGUCGCGUGUUUUGUUUCGUCAAACUGAUGCGGACCGCCGCUGGCCCGUAUAGUCUGUGGGUGGGCGCGAGAGGAAAAAAAAUUGCACUAUACACUCGCCGUCAUCAUCGUCCUACAUACGAAUAUAAUAAUAUUGCAGUAUAGUCAUCGUUGUUUACAUUAAUUCUGUAUCGGAAAAAUCGCAUAUAUUCGUAUUGUGAUAAUAAACAUUUCGAAUGCACGGGCGCGGAUUGUACAAAAUAAUAUUCUUUGCUGAUAUUUUUCGGAUAAUAGUAACAACUUCUUAAAUCUAUGUCACCCCGUCGCGUUAUCCAAUUUCUUCUGGUAGAACAAUAACAAUUGGUUUACUCCAUCAAGUGUAAAGAAAAUAAAAAAAAAUAAAAAAAAAAAAAAAAAUAGUAAUUUGUCUAUGUGUUUCCCGGUUCGAUUUUCAGCUAUUACGUCGCGUAUUAUUGCUCAAGGGGAACAACCGUGUCUUGUAUAAUAUGUCCGUCUGCCGUCCUCUCAGUUUUUGAAUACACGCCGCAAAGACACCUAUUCGGGUAUCCUAUAGCUAUAGGACGCCUACGCUAUAGUGGAUAUCCCUACGGUAUCCCAUCACUGUCCGAUAGAAGAAUAUGGCGCGAUAAUGGGUUCUAAUAUAAUAGCGCCGGAUGUAACCCCUAAUACAUUCAUAAACACGAGUUUUGCUCGCGCGCCAUAUUUGUUGAAAAUAUUCUAUGUACGCAACACGUGCGUAGGAGUAAACGUCGCAUUACGAACCGUAACAAUAUUAUUAAGUUUUAGCUUGCGCCGCAGCUAUAAUAUCACUCGAAAUAGAAUUUGAACGCACAUUAGCCAUUGUCCUAUUAUAUAUGGAUACAUUUAUGCGCGAUAAGAUUUAUUAUUGCACCCUGUUCUCUUUUCCGUCUUUUAUACAUAUACAUAUCCUGUUUAAAUUAGCACACUCGUGUAUAACACAAUAAUAAUAACGAUAACGAUAUCCAACAUAUGUAUAUUCAUUUUUUUUUUUUUUUUUUUUUUUUUUUAAAUUAUUUUUUUUAAAAAAAUUUUUUUUUUUUUUAAAUUAUAUUAUUUAAAAAAAUAUUACUUUUUCUUAAAAUAGUCCGCUAUCAUAACUGUUUUCGUAUUCGCACGAGGAUCGACGAAUUUAUUUUAGAAUCAAACGUGCCAUUAUAAUAACAGAUGUCUCCCGUUGUGUUAGCAAAAUUGUUUGUUACGUACGAGUAAUACAAAAACAAAAACAUAAAACAUGUUUACAUUUAUUAUAUUACUCAAUAAUACGGUCUAUACGGAAUGAUGAAAAAUGGAAUAAAAACCGGAAACUAUUAAUUUGUUUAACAUUAUUUCGGUGUUAGUACAAGUACUCAUCAGACCCGUAGGUAGGUAUAUACGAGGAGGGGAUAAGGGGAUCAACCCUCCCCUGAAAAUUUGAAAAACGCAACAGUCCAAUACUGGUUUUAUUAAAUUGUUUAAAUUAUAAAUUUCUUUUCUCGUGAUCCUUUUGUAGUAUACCACAUUAUUUUAUUAAUACAAUAAUAGUUUAAUACACUGGACGAUAGCAUAAUGUAAGACACUCAUUGUCUCGUAAAGUGUGUGGUAAUUUCGUUGUAUUUGUGUUUAUUAUUUAUUUGUUUUUCUUUGAGUCGGCAAUCAACAUGCUUUUAAACGAUGCGUUAUCAUUAAUUUUAGUUAGAAAUAUCCUAAACACAAUAUAGCAUUUUUGAAAUUUUCGGACAAUAAUUGGAAAGUAGGCCAAUGACAACAUAAAAACAACGAAAUAUAAAUACAUUUUGUAGUAUAUGAGUUAGUUAUAUAAUUUAAAACUUUAAAAUUUAACGAUUGCUAAAAGCGUAGGCACCUAUUUGUGUAAAUUUAUAUAUACAUUUAAAUAUAAACUUCUCGACUGCCCUACGUAAUAGUAUAUUUCAAUAAUUUAGCUGUUCAUUUUGUAGGUGCACAUGACUAGCCUUCUCUAAUAUUAUUCGAAUUAUGUAUUGAAAAUUAUACGUCGAAAUUUCAGACAUUUUAAUCACUUCUGAAAUCGAAAUAAAAAAGACGGAUGUACUUCAAAAGACGGUUGGGCCGCUGUCGUUGGUGAGAAGUUGUGUGAUAGGAUAAAGAGGAGAAUGUAAUUUACAAGUUCGGUUAUAUAUGUUUUAAAAGGUCGUAAUAUUUACGAUUUUCGUCAAAACUUGACGAAUGUUAAAAUUAUUAUGGAAAAAAAAAAUACUACAUAAAACUAAAUUUUUUUUUCUUGUUGACCAUAGAUUAGACCAAUUAGAUUAAAUUAAGAAAAAUAAAUAUUUAAUUAAUAAAAAAUUAGAUUAAAGAAUUAUCAAUAAAAGGUCUUAUGUCAUUUUUUAACUGAAGCAAGAUUUCUAGAAGAAAACAUAAGUAACAAAAAUGUAAAUUCAUGAAAUCAUUACGACAAUUUGUCCGUUUAUCCCUACGUUUUUUCUACGUUUCCCCAAUUUCCCUAGUCCAAAGUAUCAACUAAAUAAAAUUUCCUUUCAGAAAAGGUAUUACACAUGAUACAUUAGAACAAUUUUUUUAGUAGACAUUUUGUACACAGUAUAUAUAUAUAUAUAAAUAUAAAUUUAAAAAAAAACAUAAUUGUAAAACCAAUUAUAUACAUUCCUCGUUUCAUUCAGAAUCAAAAAAAGUAAGACAGGUUACAACAAAUAAAACGCAAAUAAUACAAUAUUUUCAAGUGAUCCGAUUGAUUAAUUGAUGACUAAUUGAUCAAUACCUUAAUUCAACAAGUAAAUCCAAUAAAAUUGCGCAAUAAAUCAUAUAGAAAUUUAAAACAACUAGAUAAUAAAUUUAAGCUAACCUAAUAAAAAAGAUUUAUUUUUAUCUAAAUUAACUAAUAUGUAUUUAAUGUCCUGUGAUAUUAUUGAUAUUUCACGCGUGUGGCAUUUAAUUAUCUCUUGUAUUUGUCUUGCAAUGUUUAUUUAAUUUAUUUCCACCGACUCUUAAUUUCUAUCCAUAUCAAUUAAUAAGGUAUUGUAUACUAUAUCACUGUUGUAAAGUAUAAAAUCGAUAGUUGACAGUGGCGUAUCUUUUUUCUUAUGAAAUCUUUACCGGAAUACAAUUCGAUUGGAAAAACCACAUUUAUUACACGAUGUAGGAGACGACCCGUGUGAAUAAUGAAUGUCUUUUCCGAAAUCAGGAGACGAUUCGAGAAACUUUUAUUAUUAUUAUUUCUUUUUUUUUUUCUUUUUUUUUUUGUAAUUUCAUCGAAGACAAUUCGAGUGUGCCCGUCUAUAAUAGUAUUUUAUAUAACACAACGGCUAUAGGUACAUGGUAUUAAGUACGAAUAUUCUGAACCGUUUCAUUUUACAUGACUUACAAUCGACUCUCUGUGAAAAAUGUAUACUAAUUAUGAUUAUUAUUGUUGUGGAUCUAUAGAUUUCUUCAGACUUUUAUUGAAAUGGCACGAACAGUUCGGAAACACGUAUCAACUAUGGAUUGGUCUUCGACCGUUCGUGGCAAUGGCCGACUCGGAACAUAUACAAGUAAUACUAGCAUUAUUGUUAUACGAUAAUAUAUAAUAUAAUAUAAUAUAAUACAUUUAUAAUAUAUAAGGUUAGGUUAGGCAAACUAUAAUUUGAAUUCUAAACAGUUAAUAUUGUAAUAAUGUUUUUUUGGAGGAUACGAAUAUUUCCAUUUUUAGUUCCAAGGAAGGAGGGCUUCAUUCAAUUAUAUAUUUAAAAUUUAACUUGCUUAUAUCGGAAACACGAGCAAGUUAAAUUUUAAAAAUUACUACAUGACAUAAUUAUUGCUAAGUUACUGAAUUACUAAAUGACCUAUAUGCAAUCGUUCAAAGUCACAUUAUAAUCAUAUUACUUCUGUUUUUUUUUUUUGCCAAACUAUAUGUUCAUCUUAAGAUAUCAUAAUUUUCAGUAUAACAUCUAUACAUACACUUAUAUGUUAUUUAGACUAACGAAUAAAUGAGUUACAUAAAAUAUAAUUAUAAAAAAAUAAAACGUCAUAAAUUACCUUAAACACUUCUUCGAGUUCUUCGCUGGAACUAAAAGUACAGGUACUCGGUGGUGGCAUAUUAACGAUUUUCUUCUGGGGGUUAAUGACCGAAAAAAAUAAUAACUUUUUGUUGUACUAAGAUGUUUGUGUGUUUCUGGUUCUUUUUGGGGAGAGAGGGCUUCGAAUAAUGCUCCGAGAAUGACUUAUUGCUUUCAGUGUAUAAAUUAAAUUAUUCUAUAUCCUCUACUCACCAUUCAAUUUCUCACCUACUACAGUGGCCUACCCAUGGUGCUCAUACGUCCGGAUUUUAUAUUCUGAGGGGAGCGUGGAAUAUAUUGGUAUUACAAUGAUGUUUAUUUUUUUUUUUUCAUGUGUAGCGCUUUUUUCUGAAAGGAUAUCUGCUUGGGAUGGUACUAUGAUUUUUUUACAGUUUUUUAUUUUUCGCAGUAAUUUUUUGAUUUUCCCAAAAAAUUUCAUACUAAAUGGGAAAAACGUAGGAAAACGGGAAUAUGAAAGAAAUAUAUUAUUUUCAAAUCAUAAAUAUUACAACCUUUCAAAAUAUGUAUAAUCAAAGUUCACUCAGAAUUGUUUUUUGUUAGCAACGAUUAAUCUAUUCGUACGGAUAUAUAUUAAAUUUCCUCUUUACCUUCCCGAUUUCCCACCUACAACAGUGGCUUACCCAUCAUGCGAAGUAUGUCCGUUUGUGUUUUUUCUUACAUUUAUGUGACUUCUUCCAAAUAUAUGGGUAAUUUUUUUUUACUACAUCAUAUUUAAUAUAUUAUUAUCUAUAGCCAAUUAUUGUUUUUGGAUUUUUAUUAUUAUCAAUGCGUGUUAUUUUAACGUUUAACUAAUUUUUUUUUUUAGGUCGUUGAACAAAUUAUAGUAAAUUCAAUGAUUGCACGUGGCUAUCACAAAAAAAAAAAAUAAAAAUAAUAAUAAAAAAAACAUAAUAAUUAAUUGGUGUGCAUAAUUUACCGGUAGCAUUUUGCCCGUGACCUUGCUCGUUUAUAUUAAUUGAGCUUAUCGUUACUAUAUUUUGGUGUUUUUACACACGUGGGCACGUGUAAAAACAACACAAUAAAAAAUAUACAAAAACGGUUAAAUGAACAAAAAUUCAAACGUUCAACUACAUAUUCAUAUUAUUAAAAAAAUAUAUCGUUAGUUUCCUCUAUAAUUUUCACAGACUUAAUUUUUUCGCCGAUAAUAUGUUUUUUAAAUGACAUUCAAUGUCAAAUUACAAUUAUCUAUUCGUUAAAAUAUCAAAUAGUCACCUAACCCAAUACUGUUAUUGUAUAGAUUAUGAUAAUUUUUGUUACAGCAAAUAUUGAAUUCAUCGAUACACAUUGACAAAAAUUUAGAAUACAAUCUAUUGAUUCCAUUCAUCGGUACCGGAUUAGUUACGAGUUCAGGUAAAAAUUAAUUGUAACAAAAAUAUGACCAUCCUUUGGUACCUAAUAUCUGUAUCUGGAGUGAAAGGGGAAGGGGGUUCUAGUCCGCCACCCAAAAUUUUCUCAAAAGUAUUAUUAAUUAAUUUAAAGUUAAAUGAUAAUUAUCUAGUAGGUAAAUGUAUCGAUUUAUAUAUAUAUAUUAAUAUAUAUAGGUGUUUUUUUUUUUUUUUAAGAUUACUUAUCAUCGAUUUUAAUCACAAGCAAAGGAAACUUGUCCAUACAUGUUGUGUUAAAUAUACUUAUUAUUAUUUUAUGUUUAUACAAUAUACAAAUAUUUUCAUUCAAAAUAUUGGAACUUAGUAAGGUUUUUUUUUUUUUUAAGAGCUCGUAGGAAAUAAUCAAGGGGAUUAUCAAUGUGAGUAGACGUUUACUUUUAUGUGCCUUUUACCAGAGGUCUAAACCAAUAAAUUGACAAUUUUCUAUAAAACGAAUCGUUAGUUAUUAUUGUUCGUGACACCGUUCUGAGAAUAUCGAUUAUUUGUUAACGCAGGAACAAAAUGGCAUACAAGGAGGAAGUUAUUGACGCCAACGUUCCAUUUUAGUAUUCUCGAAGAAUUCCUGCCGUCCAUUGAAAAACAAAGUAAAAUUUUUGUAAAAGUUUUAAGAAAAGAGCUCUCCACUACUGGAUUCGACAUAAAACCAUACGCGAAAUUAGUUGCGCUCGAUAUAAUCGGGAACACAGCCAUGGGCUGUGAGUUCAAUACCCAAGAGAACUCCCAAUUGGAAUAUGUUAAAGCUCUCGACGAGUAAGUACAGUUCAUCAACAACAUUUUUAAAAUGGAUAUUAAGUUGAUUAACCGUACAACAAACCGUUCAAUAUGCUUAUCUUUGAAUUUAGCAAUUUAAAAAAAAAAAUUUAUUAAAAAACGAAACGAGACAUGACGGAUAAUUAAUAUUGUGAUUAAAUGAUUUAAAUAUUACUUAUAAUUUCACUGUAAAUUCGCGGCUUUUUCGAAUAUUCCGAAUAUUGAUUCGUGUGGUGUUUUUCUUUUAAACUGUACGAAUAUUUUUUCUUUUUAAUCACAGACUUACCGCAAUCAUGCAAAAACGAUUCAUAACACCGUGGUUGAAAUCGGAGUUUUUGUUCAAUUUUACUACACUUAGCAAACGACAAAAUGCGUGUAUAAAUGUUAUACACACAUUUACGAAAAAGGUAAAAUAUAAUAUUAUUGUUAUCCUGUGAUAAUUUCAUAAUAGUAAUAUUCGAAAAUAAUUUUAGCAGUUGUAUAAUAAAAUUAUAUUAUAUAAUCAAAAUUAUUAUCGCAGGUUAUUAAAGAGAAAAAAGAGAAUUUCAAAAUGUACAAAAAUCAAACUUCAGAUGCGAAUAAAAACGACAUCCACUAUAGUAAUUAUAUUUUCAUUUAUAUAAACACGACAAACAAUAGAUCAUAUUUUAUCGUUUCGUAUAACAAGUAUCUAUUGUAAAUAAUAUUAAUUUUUCACUAGAAAAAAAAUCGAAUAAGGCACUGUUGGAAUGUUUACUGGACGUGGUUUCUGAUGAUGGCAAGAUAUUAAGCGAUGAAGAUAUCCAGGAAGAAGUCGAUACAUUCAUGUUUGCCGUAAGCGUUAUACAUUUUUCUGAAGCUAUAUAAAAAAAAAAAAAUAUCACAAUUAUGCUAUUUUAUCGCUUAACUCGAAAUAUUUUGUUUAAGCUUACGUUUUAAAGAAAAAAUUAUUUAAAAUCAAGUUUAUUUAAUCGUCAUUUGGUAUAUUUUUCUCGUUCUACAGGGAGUCGAUACAAGUUCCUCCACGAUUUCUUGGAUUUUAUAUACGUUGGGUAAAUAUCCGGAAGCACAAGACCGAAUAUUAGAAGAAUUGGAUGAAAAACUACCAAAUUUCGGAAAUCAGACGUUGUCGACAAUCGAUUUAGCCAGUCUUGAUUAUUUAGAGAGGACGAUUAAAGAGGUUCAACGACUUUAUCCAUCCGUUCCGUACAUUGGUCGACAAAUUUAUGAGCAAUUAACAAUCGGUAAAUGAAAUUGAUAAUAAGAAUUAUGUAAGAUAUAAUUUUAAAAUACAAAUAAUAUUUCUUCGGCUAAUAUAAUAAACUUAGGUAAAGAUUUAGUUUUACGAACAAAUCCAAUAUACGAGUAUAACGCACUAUGAGUAUAGGUACUUAAUAAUGAUAGGUACAUCGUGUAAAGAUUAUACAGAGUGAACAGAAAAUCAAGUGUUGUUGGCCAAUGCUAUAAGUGAAAAGUUUCGAAACAGUUAUUCUUGAAAUCCUACACAUUUUUGUUGCCACGUUUUCAUUUUACUCACAGUUACUAACACACUGAAAUCUAAAUCACCUUGGUACACUUUAACUAUAAAUGCUUAAUUUUUUCUCCGUGAAGUAUAAUAGAUAGUCACUAGUGUCUAGUGUCAUGAUAGUCCAAUAUGAUGUUAAGUACAUAACGAAUAAUAACGAUUAUUUAAUAGAUAUGGAAUCAUGACUAUUAAGUUCCGCAACUAGUCAUGGGACAUGGUGCACAGCAGGUGACAGCUACAAGACGGAGAAAAUCUUCUCUAAAACCUUCUUAUCCUUAUUUACCUCUAGCAAAAAAAAAAAAAGUCAAUUGAGGAGAGGGGUUAUAACACCCGAAAUCCUCCCUGGCUACGUUACUGCCUUCUACCCACACUCAAAUACACUCUUAUACAAUAUAAUUAUAAUAGAUAAUAAUAAUUCGUUUGUUAGGAAUAAUAUCCGGUUGUUUAUAAAGGUUUUUAUUGUGGAUAAACGUUUUGCAGACGAACACACGAUUUUACCGGGGACUUCGAUUUUCAUAAACGUAUUUGCAUUGCACAGAAAUGCAAAAUAUUUCCCAAAUCCCGAAAAAUUUGACCCGGACAGAUUUUUGAAGGUAAACAGAAACGAACAAAAUCCGUAUUCCUUUAUACCGUUCAGCGCCGGACCAAGAAACUGUAUCGGUAAGUUAUUGUAUAAUAUUAAAAUGUCGUGAACUAACAUAAUAGUAUCUAAUACAUUAUCCUUUCGAUCAACUAAUGAUAGUGAAGACAUUAAUUAUUUUACCAUUAUAGCUAUUAAAUUAAUAAAUAAUAUUAUCGUACGUCAUAGUGAUUUCUUUUUUCGCGGUUCGUCGACCAUAAUAUGUUCUACGAAGAUUUCGAGCAAAAUAGAUUCGAUUUUAUUUUGUUUUAGUACAUAUUCACUAUAGGAUUCGAAUCGUUCAAAGAUUUUAUUUAUAUUGUUUUCAUAAUUUCAUUCCGCGCGUAUAGUUACGUACACCGUAAACGCGAUAUUAUAUUAAGGAUGGGACAAGUACCACUUUUUGCCGAUAGCGAUAGGUAUCUGAUAUUCCGAUUACAAAUGGCACCGAACAGACGCGAAAUAAAGAAAAAUAAAAACACGAAAAAAUUCGCUCACGCAUGUUUUAAUAAAACAUUUUUUACCUAUAAUUCAUAUUAUAUUCAUACAUAUUCAUAUCUGCGUAAAUAUCGCAGACACUUCAAAAUAUAUGCAUAGUUUCUUGUUCCCUGUUACAUGUUUUAUAAUUUCAUUGUUAUGCCGUAAAAAAAACAUAUUCAAGAGAUUACAGUAAAUACCUAAUACAUUUAAAAUAACUUCUAUACUAUAAUAUUAUCUAUAAUAAAUAAUGUGAUAAUAAUACUGUUUGUUAAUGCGUUAGAAAUAAUUUCCCGUACACACCAUUCCGUAUCUAUAUUACUAAUAUUUAUUAAAACAAACUAUCUAAUUUUAUGACAUAUCUGAAGAUCGAGUCUAGCUCAAAUACAUGUUUUUGAGUUUAAUUUAUUUAUUUAAUCCUUUUUCGAAAAUUGAAUUAAAAUAAAGUCUUUUUUUAAAAAAAAAAGAUAAAUAUAUUAUAUACAAUAUAGAAUGAAAUACUCGUAUCAUUAUACAAUUUAUAUAAGCCAUAAGGUUAGUAAAGGUUGUAAACCCCUAAUUCUUCCUAAAUCCUCUACAAUUGAUAAAUUAUUGCUACGCCACUGGAUAAGAGCUAUCCGAUUGUCUAAACACUCUAAACUUUACGCCUUUGGGGUGAAGUGGUCUUCUUUUAUAGAAAGAUUAUUAUUUCUACACCACUCAUGAUCAUGCUUCUUCCUAAAUAAUAUCGGAAAUUAUAACUGUUUCUAGUCGUAUAAAUAUAUUUAUGUAUCACGAACAUUGUACUAUUAUUUCUUAUAAAUAUUUUUGGCUUGUUUCAGGUCAAAAAUUCGCUAUGAAUGUUCUCAAAAUAACUAUUGCAACAUUUCUAAAAUCGUACAAGGUUCGAUCACUAGACCCGGAAGACAAAUUGGGGCUCGUCAGCGAAAUAGUAUUAAACGCGCUGAACGGAAUUAAAUUGACAAUUGAAGAACGGGUGUGAUUCUAACACGAAUUGUAUACCGAAUUGUAUACCUAUAUCCUACAUUAAUAUUGUAUUAAUUACCUACAUGCUUCCAGUGAAUUAAAUGGUAUUAUUAUGUUUUUAUUAAAAUAUUAAUUUUUAAGUUUCUAUGCUCGCUUUGAAAUCUAACGUAGGUACCUAUGUAUAAUAUAUAUCAUGUAUACAUUUUGAUGAUAACUUUUGAAUCACAUAUACAUGAGUUUAUUGAUUUAUUAUAUUAUUACGGUUAUUAUUUUUAAGUUUAUAACCUGGAAAUUUGUUUUUUAUUUUUGUUUUUUACUACUUAUAUGGCUAAAAAAUAUUAAAACUUUUUUGUGUAAUCCAUCUGAUAAAAAAAGGG